UCAAAAACGAUUCUGAAAACAAAACUAAAACAAAAUGUAAAACUCGACAAGUUUUUCUGCAACUUGGACAGUGUCUAUUCAAAAUUCGUUAACGUCCUUUUAACAUGAACUUCGUACUUGUUUGGAUGAAGUUAUUUGUAGCUACUUGCUCACCUUCUAGAGAUUCUUGCGGCCAUUAUGAGAUAUGGGGUCAUUCUACUAUGGUCGGACCGUUUGGUGAAGUAAUAGCAAGUUGUGGUGAUGAAGAGACCUUACUUGUUGCUGAGAUUGAUAAUACUUACCUUCAAAUUGUCAGAGAAAGCUUUGCAGGUGAGGACCAACUCAGUUUACCAAUUCAACUACAUUUCUGAUAGGAACAGAAACAAUUAGCUGUUUACAGUGAAGAGGGACAGUUUAUUUUAUUAUAUUGAAUAAAAGGCCAAUGCUACUCUCGAAUUCAAGCUUUAAGGAUGUUUCUGUUC